AUGUGUGAUGAUCCUAAUGGAACCCGUUGGUCGAAGUCCGAGAAUAACAUCGGCAAAUCGAUGCUGAAGCGGUCAGGCUGGACGGAGGGCAGCGGCCUGGGACGGAACCAGGAGGGCGUAGCGAGUCACAUCAAGACGCGGCGGAAGGACGGCGUGAUGGGGGUCGGCUACGAGGGCGGCGUGCAGGAGGCGUGGAGCACGCAGUCGGUGGGGUUUGCCGACGUUCUCUCACGCAUCAAGAGCGCCGUCACCUCUGGCUCCUCCGACAGCGAGAAGGAUACCGAUGCCGAUGCGGAAAAGAUCAUUUCGGGCCCAAGUGGUGGGCGGCACUGCGGCAUGUACGCCAAGCGGCACGCGCUUAAAACUGAGCUUUUGCGGUCAAAGGACGGGGCCUCUGCAGAGGAAAUCCUCGGAAGCGCCAGCUCCUCCCGCAAGCGGGCACGCGAUGGGGACAAAGAGAGCGAGGAGGACGCCGCCCUCUUGUCCACACUUCGCUCUCCGCUGCUGCAGCGCGUGAUGGUGCGGGUGCCGAGACACGAGCCGCACCUGCCAACGAAGGACGACGGGGAGAAGGUCGAUGUGGUGCGCAUCACAAAACCGCAACCGCGACCGCCAAAGUGCAGCGAUACACCGUUUUUAGCCUCAAACGAGUAG